CUUCGAACGGUCUUCUAAAAGUUUUGGUUAUAGAAAAAUAUUUUUACCUGUAUAGUUUAGUUUGAAAUAAAAACUUAAAAAUGAAUUUUAAAAUGAGAAAUUGUGGGAUGUCCACUAUAAAAUACAUACUUUUUGGAUUUAAUGUAAUAUUUGCUUUAUCGGGUCUUGGCAUCUUAAUAGCUGGAGCCUUAGUUCUGGCUGACGUUAAUGAGUUUAACCACUUUGUCGAGGGACAAAUAACAGCUCCCCCAAUAGUCCUUAUUGUUACUGGAUCAAUUAUAUUCCUUAUCGCAUCGUUGGGUUGCUUCGGUGCCAUUAAGGAGUCCCCCUCAUUGCUUAUAUUGUAUGCUGUCCUGCUUGGUAUUAUCUUUAUUGUUGAACUUGCCGUUGGUAUUGCUGCGAUAGUCUUCAAAUCAGAUCUCGAAAUGAUUCUCAAGAAUUCACUGAUGGAUUCAAUAAAACGUUCCAACGAUGAUGAUCUCAAAGCUUGGGAUAAUAUUCAAAUGAAACUGAUGUGUUGUGGGGUUGAUAAUCCAGCGGACUGGCGAGAAAUGAGCCGAGAUAAGACUUUACGAGCCAGUUGCUGUCGACCGGAAUUAAUCGACAAAACUGUUGGUAAUUGUGCUGACGCUGCGCCAUCAGGAAGAGAUAAAUACUUCCAGGAUGGAUGUGUUGGAAAACUUAGAGAACGUAUCGACAAGAAUGCAGUAAUUCUUAUCGGUGUAGGACUUGGUAUUGCAUUUAUACAAAUUCUUGGAAUUGUGUUGGCGUUAUACUUGGCUUCCAAAAUACGUCACGAAAGGGUGAAAUAAUAAGCUUUGGAAGUCAAAAACUUAUUAUCCACAAACUCAAUGUAAGAACAAUAAUGUCAUCCAGCAUUUCAUAUUUUGAUCAAUUUUCUUCGAAAAUAUUAUCAACAAAUAGAAUGAGCAACAACAAUCAGGGAAUGAAUAAACACAGCACUGUAUUUAUUUCGUCAUCAAAAUAUACAAAAUACUGAAAAUAAAAAAAAACUGUUUUUGAUAGUCAAUACGUUUUCAAAUAACUUGCAUUUAUUGUUGCGGAUUAUUUAAGUCUUGAACAAACAAUUCCAAAAUGAUUUUUAUAAAAGUAAUAUUUUAAAUAAAUGGAAAAUUCUGAAGCACUUAACAUAAUACAUUCAUAUAAUUAUGUGUUUAGUAAAAUUAAAAAAAAAAAACUAUAUAGGUAUUUUCUUUAAAAUAAAUUUGUAUACGAUUGUUUUAUUUUAAGAAAAUAUAAUAUUUUUAAAUUUAAGUGUUACUUUCAAAGCUUCAAAUAAAAUUAUAAU